CUGAAACAAGGGCGUGGAGAGACCAUGUGACCCUUUUCACUAUAAACAAAAUGAGAAUUCCCAAUUCUCUCUCUCUAGAUGCUAUUUAUUUCAUUGAGAAUAGUGCAUCCUGCGCAUAAGUCAGUGAAUUGGCUACUACUAGUUAUAACCUGGUUGGUGUAUGCCCAUCUCUCACUUCUGCUUCUUCUUCUACUUGGGACUUGGGAGUCUUGGAUUUCAGUCAUGGCCAUGGGCAUGGCUGUGGGUAAAAGAGAGACGGUACUAGUUAUGUCCAUGGCCUAUUUAUUCCUUGUUAUGUCGUCUGUGGGUACAAGUCAUGAAGUAGGAAAAGAAGAAGAAGCAGCAGCAGAAGCAGAUAGAAUAACUGAACUUCCAGGACAGCCCAAAGUCUCAUUUCUCCAAUACUCUGGCUAUGUCACUGUUAAUGAAGUUGCCGGCAGAGCUCUCUUUUAUUGGCUUAUUGAAGCUGUUCAUCACCCUCAGUCCAAACCUCUGGUCAUUUGGCUCAAUGGAGGACCUGGGUGCUCUUCAGUGGCUUAUGGAGCUUCAGAAGAGAUAGGCCCAUUCAGGCUCAACAAGACUGGUUCUGGUUUGUACCUCAAUAAGUUCUCAUGGAAUACUGUAGCUAACCUACUGUUCCUUGAAUCUCCGGCCGGCGUUGGCUUCUCUUACACCAACACAUCGUCCAAUCUCUUUGACACAGGCGAUCAGCGCACUGCAAAGGAUUCACUGGAAUUCAUUAUCCGAUGGUUGGACCGGUUUCCACUCUACAAACAGCGAGAUAUUUAUUUGACGGGAGAGAGCUAUGCCGGGCAUUAUGUCCCCCAAUUGGCAGAAGAGAUUAUGACAUAUAAUUCAAAGACUAAACAUCCUAUAAAUCUCAAAGGGAUAAUGGUUGGGAAUGCAGUUACAGACAACUACUAUGAUAAUCUUGGCACAGUGGCCUACUGGUGGAGCCAUGCCAUGAUCUCUGAUAACACCUAUAAGCAACUACUCAACAAAUGUGAUUUCCAUCAAGAAAAGGAAUCAAAUGAGUGUGAAUCAACUUACUUAUAUGCCAUGGAUCAAGAGUUUGGAAACAUUGACCAGUACAACAUAUAUGCACCUCCAUGCAAUAAUUCAGAUGGCACCAUGAGUUCUACCCACAGGAUCCUGCAUUUGCCUCAUCGACCCCAUCCGAUUUUCAGGCAGAUUUCAGGAUAUGAUCCUUGUACAGAAAAAUAUGCUGAGAUUUAUUAUAACAGGCCAGAUGUGCAGAAAGCCCUCCAUGCCAACACAACUAAAAUCCCUUAUAAAUGGACUGCUUGCAGUGAGAUUCUAAACCGAAACUGGAAUGACACAGCUGUAUCAGUUCUGCCAAUCUACAAAGAGAUGAUUGCUGGUGGUUUGAGAAUUUGGGUGUACAGCGGCGACGUGGAUUCUGUGGUGCCGGUUACUGCCACUAGGUACUCCCUUGCUCAGCUUAAGUUGAGAGCCAAAAUUCCAUGGUAUCCAUGGUAUUUGAAGAAACAGGUGGGAGGGUGGACCGAGGUGUAUGAAGGGCUAACAUUUGCAACAGUGAGGGGGGCAGGUCAUGAAGUGCCACUUUUCAAACCCAGAGCAGCCCUUCAGCUCUUCAAAUCAUUUUUAAGUGGGGAGCCUCUGCCGAAAUCAUAGGAGACCAUGUUCUUCAAUAUUUCGAAUUCCAGAACAAGAAAAACGAAAUUUGUUACUUAAAGGGAGGGGGGGGGCGGGGUGGGGGAAAGGAAAAGCAUGGAGAAGGAGGAAAGAAGAUUUGAAGAAGGGUUUUUUUUUUUUCUUUAGCUUUUAUUGACAUGGAUCUCAAUUAAGGGAAUAAGGAAAGAAAGGUUGGUGAUCUUUGAUGUUCUAACUAGAUCCAUUAUUAAAAUGAUAUAUAUAGCUAGCUUAUGUCUUCUAGUAGAA